AUGCAGAACGGAGAGAAGAGGAAAGCCCGGAUCAUCGAGAUCUCCCGGACAGCUUCAUUCAGUGCUUGUCACAGGCUGCACUGCAAAUCCUUGAGUGAUGAGGAAAAUAAGAAGAUUUUUGGAAAGUGCAACAACCCAAAUGGACACGGUCAUAAUUACAAAGUGAUUGUGACCGUGCGGGGUGAGAUAGACCCUGUCACUGGGAUGGUGAUGAACCUAACAGACCUAAAGAAGGAUAUGGAGGAUGCUAUUAUGGUUCCAUUGGAUCAUAAAAAUUUGGAUAUUGAUGUUCCUUUCUUUAAGAAUACUGUGAGCUCGGUGGAGAACGUGGCUGUAUUCAUUUGGGACGGCCUUCAGAAGAGACUUCCACCAGGACUGCUGCAUGAGGUGUGCGUACAUGAGACUGACUGUAACACCGCUACUUACAGGGGGGAAUGACAAC